AUGACUUUGCAUUUCGUGUUGGAUUUCAGCCCUGAAGAGUUAUGGCCCGACGACUUGUAUACAAUCCGUGAAAGAGAGGAUCCUCUGCUCUGCAAACAACUGGAAAAGUUAAUACCACGUUCGCUUCGACUUCAGGAGACUGUUGAGAUAGAGUCUCGUGGUAUUUGCUCCAUGAUGACGCGCGGCCAUUACGUACAAAAAGGCACCUGGCUUUCGUACUGGAAUGGAGGUGCUGUCAAAACACGAACGGUUCACCGAUCGAAGGGCCGCGCGGUAGUAUUGGGCCGAAAAGAGUUAGAAAGUGGCGGAGAAUGA